AUGACUGAUCCUCUGAGUGUCGCCGCGGGCGUUACUGGGUUUGUGACAUUUGCGCUCCAUGGCAUCCGAGUGCUCCUGGAAGAUCUGGACAAAAUCAAAGAAGCACCCAAUAAUGUUUUGGAGCUCAAAGAUGAGCUGAAAUCGGUAGAGCGAGUGGUCGCUUCCCUGGAGUCGAUCGAUGACGAGGAUUGGAACAAUAUGGACACGAAUAUUGCAGUAGAUGCGAAGACUCUUAUCGAAAGUUGUACCAAGACGUGCGAGGCUUUCAGAAUCAAAGUUCAACAUUGGACCCGACACUCGCUAGGGGACAAACUGUCUGUGCUCGACCGACCUUUCAUCGGCUUCUUCAAAAGCUCCGAGAUAGACUCCAUGCAAAGAAAGCUUCAGGCCUAUAAAGGCAGUAUAGGAUCUAGCCUUCCAUAUGAAACUGACCAGCGCUGUACUAGGCAUGGCUCUCUUAAACAGUCCCACGGCCAAGAAGCUGUAAAGGCUAUCAAUGCACAGCGAGAACAAGUGCUGCUUGCUCAACGGCAGGCAGAAGCGCAAGACGUGGAUCUCAGCGCUCGACUUCGCGAAGUGACCAUCGCGGAUGAUGCAGAUCCAGAGGCCGAGAUCGUGAGAACCCAGUUGAAACAAGAAAUGAAGGCGCUGGACGCCUCUAAGGACAUAAUCAACGCUAUAUUAUCAACCCUCAAAGAUAAUAUCGCAUUAGCAGAGAAGUAUGACAACUCUGUGCAUGUACAGUUUGGUGGAAACAACUAUGGACUCAUGAUGGGGGUCAAUUAUGGACCCAUGAGCAACCUCAACUUCGGGGGCAGAUGA